AUGUCGGAGCCUCUGCCCGCGCAGCAGAGCGCUGACGUCAAGAGCCCCGACUCUGGCAUUUCGCCGCGCACGGUGAUCCAGGGCUCGUCGGCUGCGCCCGACUACUUUCCUCCCCCAAAGGCAGCAGCCCCAGCAGAGGCAGUCCCCACGAGCCUGGCGACAACCGCCGGUACGCAGGAUGCACAGGAUGCACUGGCUCCAGCAGACGCCGCCGGCGACACCGAGACACAAGCCCAAGCACAAGCACCAGCACCAGCACCCGCGCAAAAGCCCGAGCGGCCACGCAUCCAGAUCAAGGGCCAGGACGCGGCGCUGCGACCGGACCUAGCGCUGCAGAGCCCCUCGGGCGCCAGCAUCGACUCGGGCACGACGGUGAGGCCAAGCGAGUCGGACGGGCCGGGCGAGACAGGAGGGCGCGAACGAAAGGCGUCCAUCUCGUCGCUGAGCUUUGCGCCGCUGCACAACCCCGCGCUGCCCCAGGGUACACACAAGAAGACAGACAAGACGAGGAUCCGCGCGAGCUCGCCGCCGCCCAACCGGUACGUUUCCUUUCAUUUCUGUAUCUCUACAGUCCUCUCCUUGUGGUUUUCCCUGUGGUUUUCCCUGUGA